AACAGCUUUUCUGUGGAGCAAAUAGCACCCUGUUUUCCCAGAAUACGCCGCCCCGGCCCAAAUCUAAGCGUCGCAUUCCGUUCCCAACUGUCUUCGGAUCGGUCUCUUUGAUUUUGGUCGAUCGAUUUCGGGGUUUGGGCAUACGGGAAUGUGCCAAAGUUUCGAUCUUUUUGCCUCCCUUGCUGGGAUUCGAGCUGUCCCCCCUUGUUUCCUCGCCCGAAAUCUUGGAUUGAAGGACUAAAGAGACUUCUGUGUCAGAUCAUCAGUGAGCAUUGCAUAUCUUGCCUAUUCUGCAUCUGGAGAUCUUUUUGGUGCUAAGGAGUUUGAGAGAACAAUUGAUUUUGCUGGUUUACCACCAUUUUAUCGAUCAGGCUGGGCCAAGCAGGGUUGAGUAUAUUGUAUAUCAUCAUGAAGUUCAAAGAAGGUGAUAGAGUAGAGGUCUUGAGAAGAAAAGAGGAGCAGUAUGAUUCUUGGUUCCCUGCUAAAAUUUCAUUUGUGCACAGUUCAACAUAUACGGUUAGAUACGAGCUAUUUAUGACUUCCGAUAAGAAGUCUGUGGUGGAAACAGUACAUGAGGAAGAUGUUAGGCCUUGCCCAUCGCUACCGAGUGGAAAAAAGUGGUGGACUGCUGGUGACAUCACGGAGGUCCUUGAUCUUUGUUCUUGGAGAGCUGGGAAGGUUGUGAAAGUCCUAAAAAAUGACCGAGUUGUGAUCAAACUCUUUGGUUCCAUCCAGCUUAAAGAACACCGUGUGUCUGAUCUAAGAGUUCCACAGGCGUGGCAAAACAACCGAUGGAUUAUGAUUGAUCAGGGAAGUGGAGGGAAGCACUCUAGCUCCAAUAAUGCAAGAAAAUUGGAUUAUGCAACAAGUCAAGGCAUUGGGAAGCAAACUUCGAUUGGACGUACAUCAAAGCAAAAGCAUGUUGUCUGCAGUUCUCCUAUUAAAACUAUGAAGCCAAAACUCAGAUCCUACUGUGGCUUUUCGCCAGUUGAUUUGGUUAAAGGAAUGGACAGGAAAGGGAAAUUCAUCCAAAACAGAUCUCAUAAGUUAGCUAGAGAAGCACUACCUCAAAGGAUGGACACUAUUUCUUUUUCAAAAGAUUUGGACAGUCAGAAUUUCCUGCAUAAGUCCAGUAAAGAAAGAGUAGGUGGGUCUCCUUGGAUAAAUGCUGAUAAGUGGCAUACAAAUAAUCAUGUCCUGAUUCCAUCUUCAACACCUUUGCCAGUCUCUGAUGAUAACAAUGAUUGCUCUGUUGCUAGUUGCAGUGGUAAUGCUUAUCCAGGGUAUACAUAUCAAAGUCUCAGAAAACACAAGGAUACUGCAUUUAAUAGUUUGGUUGAUGAGUGUCAAAGCAAAACUGGAGAUGAAUUGGCUGCUAAUGUCCAUGAAUUAGAGCUACAUGCAUACCAUUCUACUGUGGAAGCGUUUCAUGCCUCUGGUCCUUUAAGUUGGGAGCAGGAGUCACUUCUAACAAAUCUCCGUCUCUCUCUUAAUAUUUCUAAUGAAGAGCAUUUACAUCACUUGAGGCAUCUGUUAUCUGCUUAAAUUCUUUGUUCAGCAUCAUAUAGUUGUUUGGCAUAUGUCUAACUCUCUUUGGGGAUCAUCUACAGAAUGGGGUUUAGAAAAAUUCAGUUUGCUGUUACGAGUGGAAUGAUUAAAUUGGCGGAUAAGCAUGCUUAGAAGUUUCUGGAAAGUAUUUCUGCUAGUUGCUUGUAACUACAUGUAUAUAUUUUGAAAGCAUUAAGGGUUGCUUCUUGCAAUAACUCUGAACUUUCUGAUUCUAAAUGGAAUCGAUACUGUCAUAACUGUGAA